AUGCACCUUAUUCCAAAGGAGCUCGAUAAGCUCGCGAUCUCGCAGUUGGGUUUCUUGGCUCAACGGCGACUGGCACGUGGUGUGCGACUCAACCAUGCUGAGGCUGCAGCCUUGAUCUCGUCCAAUCUUCACGAGUUAAUCCGGGAUGGACACUACUCGGUUGCUGAUCUCAUGUCCAUCGGUAAGACCAUGCUCGGUCGCCGGCACGUGCUACCAUCAGUCCCUUCAACAUUAGUCGAACUACAAGUUGAAGGCACCUUCAGGACAGGUACUUAUCUAGUCACCGUCCACCACCCCAUUAGCUCCGAUGAUGGAGACCUUGAAAAGGCUCUCUACGGAAGUUUCCUCCCAAUACCACCGGGAGACUCAUUCCCGGAUCCCAAUCCGGAUGAGUACCUACCUGAGAAGGUCCCUGGCGCAGUGAUCCCCGUGAAAAACGCGCGAAUCACACUGAACGAGGGGCGAAAACGAAUCAGGCUCAAGGUAAUGAGCAAAGGUGAUCGACCGAUCCAGGUCGGCUCACAUUAUCAUUUCAUCGAGGUCAAUCCGCAGUUGCAUUUUGAUCGCAUCCGCGCGUAUGGGUUCCGGCUUGAUAUUCCUGCAGGUACAUCUGUUCGAUUUGAGCCUGGUGACACGAAGACCGUCACCCUUGUGGAGAUUGGAGGCCAUAAAGUCAUUAAAGGAGGCAAUUUCCUUGCUUCAGGGGUUGUUGACCUUGGCCGCACGGAUGAGAUCGUACAGCGCUUGCAAACUGCUGGGUUUGCGCAUGUUCCUGAGCCUGGUGCGGAUAGUGCUCUAGUUGCGCCUUUCACGCUAGAAAGAGAAGCAUAUGCCCGUUUGUUUGGCCCUACUACUGGGGAUAUGAUUCGACUGGGCACUACCAACCUUUGGGUUAAGGUUGAGAAGGAUUAUACCUAUUAUGGAGACGAGUGCUCGUUCGGCGGUGGUAAAAGUAUCCGCGAGGGCAUGGGCCAGGCCGCAGGAAAGUCUACGAAGGAGUGUCUGGAUACAGUGAUCACAAACGCUAUUAUUAUUGAUUGGUCCGGUAUCUACAAAGCAGACAUUGGUAUCAGUGAUGGCACUAUUGUCGGUAUUGGCAAGUCAGGGAACCCGGACGUCAUGGAUGGUGUCCAUCCGAGCAUGGUGAUCGGUUCAUCAACAGAUGUGAUUGCGGGAGAAAACAAAAUCAUCACGGCGGGAGGCUUCGACACCCAUAUUCAUUUCAUCUGUCCUCAGCAGGCACAGGAGGCACUUGCCACCGGGAUCACAACAUUCCUAGGAGGAGGAACUGGCCCGUCAACCGGGACAAACGCAACAACCUGCACCCCAGGGCCAACGCAUAUGCGCCAGAUGAUCCAGGCGUGCGAUCAGAUCCCCAUCAACAUCGGUAUCACCGGAAAAGGAAACGACAGUGGUGGAGUGAGCAUCGAAGAGCAAAUCAUCGCAGGAGCAGCCGGUCUGAAGCUUCACGAAGAUUGGGGUUCUACACCAGCCGCCAUCGAUACCUGCCUCGACGUUUGCGACAAAUAUGAUGUACAAUGCAUGAUCCACACCGACACCCUAAACGAAUCUGGUUUUGUGGAACAAACCAUAGAGGCCUUCAAGAACCGCACAAUCCACACUUACCACACCGAAGGCGCCGGCGGUGGCCACGCCCCAGACAUCAUUUCCGUAGUCGAGCACCCCAACGUACUCCCCAGCAGCACAAACCCUACCCGCCCAUUCACAAUGAACACCCUCGACGAACACCUCGACAUGCUCAUGGUCUGCCACCACUUAUCCAAGAACAUCCCCGAGGAUGUCGCCUUCGCCGAAAGCCGAAUCCGCGCCGAGACAAUCGCCGCCGAAGACGUCCUCCAUGAUCUCGGCGCCAUUAGCAUGAUGUCUUCAGAUUCCCAAGCCAUGGGCCGCUGCGGUGAAGUAAUCCUCCGGACAUGGAACACGGCACACAAGAACAAGGAGCAGCGAGGCCCACUGCCAGAGGACGAAGGCACCGGCGCAGACAACUUCCGUGUUAAGCGCUACAUCAGCAAGUAUACCAUCAACCCGGCUAUUGCGCAGGGCAUGUCCCAUCUCAUCGGGAGUGUUGAAGUCGGCAAGCUUGCGGACCUGGUCAUCUGGUCCCCCAACUACUUCGGUACCAAGCCAACUCAGAUAUUGAAGAGUGGAAUGAUUGCAGCUUCCAUGAUGGGCGAUCCCAACGGCUCAAUUCCCACAAUCCAACCUGUCAUCAUGCGGCCGCAAUUCGGUGCCUACCUCCCCAGCACGUCCGUAAUGUUCGUCUCCCAAACCUCCAUCGACACAAACACAGUCCAAAACUACGGACUCAAGAAGCGCAUCGAGGCAGUCAAGCAGUGUCGCAAUAUCGGCAAAAACGAUAUGAAGUUCAACAACACGAUGCCGAAGAUGAAGGUCGACCCGGAGAGUUAUCGCGUCGAGGCAGACGGGGAACUUUGCACUGCGGAGCCGGCGGAGUGGUUGCCGCUGACGCAGGAUUAUUUUGUUUAUUAG